AGGGACAGUCUUUUAUCACCUCCCCAAACUCGAUUCACAGCAGAUAUCGGAUUCGCAUCGUUCGUCACGUUCCUUUUAGCUACUGCAUUGUCCAGGAUCGAAGUACCGUUUUCAAUGGCACUUGACGCCUUUUUAUACUCAACGUCCGCGGCACGUAACUCCUCCAUCAGGAUCGGACUAAAAAUCAGAUCUGUGAGACAAAGUGACUGCAGGCAGCAGAGUGUACUACUACUCUACAGAGUAGAGGGGGAACGGGUGAUGCGAAAAGUACGACACUCACCAUCUGUACGUAACAUCAAAGAGAGCGAUCACAGCGUAUAAAAUUGUUUGCAAGAAACAGAAACAAACGGUUUUCCUUCAUUAAAGAGUAUUAUUCAUUUCACAGACGAUAGAAUUCACAGUCAAUGAUCAAAGAGGAGGCAAAACAAGCGAGAAAUAUACCUGAUCUUUCAGCCAUUUGGAAUG